AUGAGUAUUCCUCGGCUCGAACUACAGGCUGCUGUUUUGGGUACUCGGUUAAUGGUUACAAUUUUGAAGGAACAUUCCGUUAAGGUAUCAAGGAUUAUUUGUUGGAGUGAUUCUACAACUGUAAUAAAUUGGAUUGGCUCAGAAAGUCGCCGUUACAAACCUUUUGUUGCCCACAGAAUUACGGAAAUUCUUGAAUCUACUAGCCCUGCAGAUUGGAGAUGGCUGCCAACAAAUCUAAAUGUUGCGGAUGAAACUACAAGAAUGAAAAGCCAAGUUGAUUUUUCUGAUGAUUCCCGCUGGUUGAAUGGUCCUAAAUUUCUUUAUGAUUCUGAAGAUAAUUGGCCCCAAAGAGUAAACGUAGCCCCAAACGAACAAGAUUCGGAAGAACUUCGUCCAAAAUUUGCUCUACUGGUAAAUAUACAAGGAGUUAUUAAUUAUACAAGAUUUUCGUCCUAUUUGAAACUAAAACGUACAGUAGCUUGGAUGUUACGUUUUAUAAACCGCUGCCGAAAGAAGAUUAGUCCUGAUGAGGAGAAUGGUUUAACUGCAGUUGAGUCAAAAAAUGCUGAGAUAUUUCUUUGCCGUCAAGCACAACAGGAGCAUUUUUGCGAAGAAAUUGAAAUUAUUAAAAAUCAAGGUAGUCUGCCCAAAAGUAGUGAUUUGUAUGCCCUGUGCCCGUAUAUGGAUGAAAAUUCAUUACUUCGUGUUUAUGGCCGUGUGGACGCAGCUAGCUGGUUACCAUUGGAUAUAAGGCGUCCGAUUAUAUUACCGUCGUUCCAUCCUGUUACCGAGUUGUUUGUGGCCCAUGUACACGAAAAGAUGAAACACCAAAAUUUUGAAUCCACAAUAUGUGAAAUUAGAAGAUCAUUUUGGAUUCCUCGCCUUAGAAAAAUUUUGCAUAAGCGUGUUUCUAAUUGUUUUAUUUGCAGAUUUCGUCGUACAUUGCCGGUGCCACCACUUAUGGGUUCUUUGCCAAAGGACAGGUUGACUCCAUAUAUUCGUCCCUUUUCCUACACUGGUUUGGAUUACUUUGGCCCACUUACUAUUACAAUUGGUCGUCGCCAUGAAAAACGCUGGGUGGCUUUAUUUACUUGCCUGACCAUAAGAGCCAUCCAUUUAGAAGUCGCCUUUGAUUUGUCCACAGAUGCGUGUAUUCUUGCCAUACGCAACUUUAUAAAUAGACGUGGCCUUCCUACAAGACUCAGGAUCGACAAUGGAAAAAAUUUUGUUGGUGCUGAUCAAGUAGCCAAGCGGUUCAGUGAAGUAUUUGAUGUGGCUCGUAUUCAAGAUGAAUGCUCUACGAAGGGUAUAGACUGGCAGUUCAAUUGUCCCCACAAUCCUGCGGAAGGUGGUAUAUGGGAACGUAUGGUCCAGUGCGUCAAACGUGUCUUGCAGUCAACUUUAAAAGAAUCGGCCCCCCGGGAACAUACGUUUCAAAGUUUCCUUAUUGAAGCGGAAAAUAUUGUGAAUUCUCGUCCCUUAACGCACUUGCCCUUGAGCCAUGAAGAUGAGGAACCACUAACGCCGAAUCAUUUUUUGCUGGGUUGCCCUAAUACAUCGCAAACUCCUGCGGGGGAAGUAAAUGUUCAACCAAUGGUCCUGAGAAAGCAGUGGCGCAUUUCCCGUCAGUUACGUGAUCACUUCUGGAAGCGGUGGAUAAGAGAAUAUUUACCCACGAUGACUAGACGUUCCAAGUGGUGUCAACGUACGAAGCCCAUUGCUGUUGGUGAUUUAGUCCUAAUUUGUGAUCCAGUCGUGUCUCGUAGAGAUUGGAAGCGUGGUAAAGUUCAAGAGGUGUUUAAAGGGAGAGAUGGUGUUAUUCGUCGUGCUAAUAUUCGCACUAGUACUGGAUGUUUAAUGCGCCCUGUUUCCAAGCUGGCUAUCCUUGAUUUGGAAUAG